AAUUCUAUAUCGUUUUAUCUGUUAGCAAAUUAAUAGUGUAGCCAAUUUUUAGGGCACAAAUGUCGUCAUCCCUAACGGAUCCAUUGAUCCAUGGCAUGCAUUGGGUAAAAAGGAUUCUAAUGAUUUUUCAGUUGUAUGGUACCUUAUAAACGGUACUUCCCAUUGUGCGGAUAUGUAUCCGCUGUCUCCCAAUGAUAAACCUGAUUUGGCAACAGCUCGCAAUCUUAUUAUGAAAAAUAUUAAGACAUGGCUGGGCAGAAGGCUAAAUCGCAAGAAUGAAAUAUCGACAGUAACACAGUGGAUGAGACCAAAGGAACGGGCCCCAUUGGCAAUCGAAAAACGAAGGUUUUAUCCUAAGCAGCCCAUUGAACUAACAAAGAAGUCUUUCCCAGAAUGGAAUCACUAUAAGAAAGUAUUCCUAGGCAGACCUCCACAUGGUUUCCUACCUCCACCUGACAAGCCUAGCCACGGCCCUCCUAUUGAGUACGAGUCGGGGUUCUUCACACAACCAUUUGAUCACUUCGACAAUCAGAAUCCAAACAGUUUCCAUCAGCGAUUCUUCAAAAACGCUCAUUGGGCUCAACCUGGAGGUCCCAACUUUUUGAAGAUUGGAGGAGAGUCAGUAGGAAAUUCUGCAUGGGUACUGAAUGAAGAGUUACCGUAUCUCAAAUGGGCAAAAACGUAUGGAGCUACUGUCCAUCUUCUUGAGCAUAGAUACUAUGGAGAUAGCAUAGUUGGAGGGACAGAAGAGAAUCCAAAUCCAGAUCUUAAGUAUCUCUCUUCAAUACAAAUGUUAUAUGACGUGAAGGACUACAUUGAAAGCAAUUCUCACUCUAAUAAUAGCGGUCCUUGGAUUGUUUUUGGAGGAUCGUAUGCAGGUAGUUGCAGUUAG